CUCCACCCUCCGACCGCUGCCGCCGCCGUUGCCGCGUACACGGCACGGUAACGAUAAUCGCGAUCGCUAUCAAAACCGGAGUAAGGUGAAUUACGUAAAAAAAAUAAAAAUAAAAUAAAAUCCAUCGCGCGAAUGGUAUUCAUUUAUUUUUUUUUCUUCCCUCUUCUCUUCCCCCUCGUAGCGUACCGUCGUAACGCGUAACGUGUGUCGUACACACACGCAACGAACGCGACGUCGUCAGUGUCCCGUCGCCGUGUCCGUCUCGUUAGCCGUCCGUUUCGCGCGUUCGCCCGGCUCCGUCGGUCGCGCGUUUCUUCCGUUCUCUCACCUACCCCCCGUUCGCGUCGCAACGACUACGUCCGCCGACGGUCCGCCCGCGAGCGUAUCGACCACCGCGACACCCCGGACGGUACGGCGUCCAACGACCUGCUCGCCCGCCGCUCAUACGUGUCAACCGGACACAACACCAAAGUGCCGCGGCGGUCGGAGUCGGCAAAUGCUCGUCACCCGCACGGCGACAGCACCAGACGGCCGAUAGGACCACCAGCAGCCGCCGCCGCCGCCGCCGCCGCGGGUCCGUGCCGACUCGGAUAAUGUGGUCGGGCCGUCGGUGGCAAAUCGACGACGUCCACAUCGCCGCCGCCGCCACUACAACCGCCGCCGUGACAUCGACGUCGUCGACGAACAUCUCGGGACGACAUUCGCUGUCCGCGCGUCACGGCCGGCACGCUCGAUAACGCGACCAACAGCCGAUACGUACAUCGAAAGACAAUUGUCAUCGCCGUUGCCCACAUGACAAAAGCGAUGGCUUUCAACGAGGUGAGUGUUGGUAAAGUUGACCCAGAGCUUAUAUUCACCAAACAAGAACGUAUUGGUAAAGGCUCAUUUGGUGAAGUCUUCAAAGGAAUUGAUAACAGAACACAACAAAUUGUGGCUAUUAAAAUAAUUGAUUUAGAAGAGGCUGAAGAUGAAAUUGAAGAUAUUCAACAAGAAAUUAUGGUUUUAUCUCAGUGUGAUAGUCCUUUUGUUACCAAAUACUUUGGUUCCUAUCUCAAAGGCACUAAACUUUGGAUUAUCAUGGAAUAUCUUGGCGGUGGAUCAGCUCUUGAUUUAAUGAAAGCUGGUAAUUUUGAAGAGAUGCAUAUUGCCAUUAUACUGAGAGAAGUUUUAAAAGGUCUUGAUUAUUUACAUUGCGAACGAAAAUUACAUAGAGAUAUUAAAGCGGCAAAUGUAUUGUUAAGUGAAAUUGGAGAUGUCAAAUUGGCUGAUUUUGGUGUUGCUGGCCAGUUGACAAACACAACUAGUAAAAGAAACACAUUUGUUGGUACACCAUUUUGGAUGGCUCCUGAAGUUAUCAAACAAUCUGCUUAUGAUUCCAAGGCGGAUAUUUGGUCUUUAGGAAUAACUGCUAUAGAAUUAGCCAAAGGUGAACCGCCUAACUCUGAAUUGCAUCCAAUGAGAGUAUUAUUUUUGAUUCCAAAAAAUAAUCCUCCUCAAUUGACAGGGAACUAUACUAAACAAUUUAAAGAAUUUGUGGAGGCAUGUUUAAAUAAAGACCCUGAAAAUAGACCAACUGCUAAAGAACUAUUAAAAUUUCCAUUUAUCAGAAAAGCCAAGAAAAGUUCAUAUCUGGUCGAUCUCAUUGACCGUUAUAAAAAAUGGAAAUCACAGCGUAACGAAGAAAGCGAGACAGAGUCUGAAAAUUCAGAUGUGGAAGACUCAGGUAAAACUGACAGUGAUCUAGAUGAACCAUGGAUCAUGACUGUUAGAGGUCCAAAUUCUAUGAAGCCCUUAAAGAAUUCCACUGCUGAAUCAAGUUCUUUUGCCUCAUUGCAGUUACUAUCAAAGAAAACUCAACAAAAUGGAUCACUGCAAUCAUCUAAAAAAUCAUCCAGCCAGAAAUCCAAUAUUGUCGAAUCAAAUUUGAUUGUUACUCAUGUCCAUGGCUCUAAGAAUCCGGACAAACGUAAUUCCAAAGAAAUUGAACCAAAACGCAGUAUUCCUCGUACACUAGAACACACUGAUAACAAAAAGCAAGUUCAUCCUAAAACUAGCCAGAACCAUAAUAACUCCUCAUGUUGGUCACCAUGUCUUUCAUUGUUAAUUUUUCCUCUAAUAUCUGAGUUACAAAAGAGGUAUCGUUAUAAAAACGAUAUGUCCUAUAAGAUAGAUGCUAUUGAAGAGUUGAAAAAUUCCUUUGAGUUAGCUGAACGUGCUAGUCCAGGCAUUAGCGAUCAGUUUCUGAGAGAAAUGAUACACAAAUUACUCCCAUCGUUAUCUGAACAAAGGAUAUCCAGUAUGCUAGAUCAUAUGAUUAGAGACAAACACUGAUGACAGUUGAACAUAUUUUCUUUACACAUUAUUUUGUUAUAGUAUUUUCAUAAAUAUCCUCUAGCCAAUCAGUUUUAAUAAGACAAUAAUAAUAAUUACUUUACCUUUCUAAUUAUUAUUGUUUAAUUUUUUUUCAUUUUGUGUUAUAUUGUGAGUUUUGAAAACUUGAUUAUUUUUUUUGUUUAUAAUUUGAAUUGUUGUAUGAUUUAUGUGUCAUAAAUUUAUUUAAUUCAGAUCCUAAAUAUUGUGUACGUAUCGUAGGGUAUUUGUGUUAAAUCUUGUACGGGCUGCUUGAAUAGUUAAACAACGAACCCUCAGAUUUAACACUUUAUUAUUAAUAAUAUUAUAUUUAUUUUUUUUAAACAAUGUUAAGCAUAUAUUAUAUAAAAAUAAU